AAGCCCAUAACAAAUGAAAUAGUGCAUUGCCUAGCUUAAACUUUAAGCCGACUGAUGCACUGCCAACUACUGGGAUUUUACAGAGAAAAUGAAGGUGAGCGUGGAAGGGGAGAAGGUGAUACUGGUACCCUACAUGAGAGAGCAUGUGCCGAAGUACCAUGAAUGGAUGCAAGAUCCUCUUCUCCUUCAAGCAACUGGUUCUGAACCACUUACCCUUGAGCAAGAAUAUGAAAUGCAACUUUCUUGGACCCAAGACCCCUUAAAGCAGACUUUCAUCGUGUUGGACAGGGAACUAAUUGUUGAAAACUUCAUUCAUGGAGAACCUCAUGUUGAAGCCAUGGUUGGUGAUGUGAACAUAUACAUGAAUGACUUGGAUGAUCCACAGAUGGCUGAAGUCGAGAUUAUGAUAGCUGAACUGAAAAGUCGUGGUAAAGGGCUUGGCAAAGAAUCUGUUCUCAUGAUGAUGACAUUUGCAUUUGAUAAUUUCAAGAUACAUACCUUCCGCGUCAAAAUUGGAGAAUUAAAUCACGUCUCUCUCAGUCUAUUCCAAAAAUUGGGUUUCAAGGAGACCUCUUACAGUAAAAUAUUCAACGAGAUGACCUUGGAGUUGCCAAUGACCGAGUCAAAGAUUUUUGAGAUGCGUCAGUUAGUUGGCAAUAUGGUUACACAUUCAUAGCACCUGAAGACACAUUGUGUAUGCUGAUGACCGAGUGAAUGUGCUUUGAGCUGCAUCGAUUAAUAGGCAACAACAUGGUUAUUGUUCAUAUUCCCCCGGUUAGACCACUCCCUUCAGUCUGGAGGGUAUUGAGUAUAUUAUUUGGUGAUUAGUUUUUUAUAUCCAGAGACUGUGAAUCAAACCUUGCGACUCUUCUACUGAUUUUUCACUAAUUAAUCUGCUCCAGGCACUUGAAGGAAUUUUCAAUACGGCUUUUGUUCUUUUCCUCAUUAUAUUACUCUGGAAGGUCACCUUGAUAUAUACAACAGCAACAACACCUUGAUAUAUACAACAGCAACAACACCUUGAUAUAUAAACUAAACGCAGCAAAUGUUUGAUUGUUGACUAAUUUGUGUGUGGUUUGUUUCAAACAGACAGUAGUUGAGAGAUGGCGAAGAAAGCACAAGAAGAGUUGGAACUUUUUAUUACUUAUUUUACAUAAUAUUCUAGACAUUCUGAUUUGGAAUAUUGGAUGAAAGCCCAGGAUGACUUCUUAUUUAUUUGAUAAGUUGAAAAAAACAAGAUAACUAUUCUUCUCAGGGAGUAUUCAAACUGUCUGAAAAUCUAUUUGUCCAAAUGAUUGAAGGUGUUGGGAUAAAAAUGGAUGUAUCUGAGGGAUGUCGUUUGAGACUGAGAGUCCACCUUGCCAGACAUGAUUUACUGUGGUUUCAUUGCCCAGUGGUCCUAUAAUCGCAAAGAUAAUCAUCUCGUUGUUCAAGUAUUCUGCAGAUAUAUUUGAAACUUGAAAGCUGAGAUUAGCUCUCUGCAUUGAUGGACUAUAACUUGUUAUUUGUGUUGUGUAAGCUAUCAUGCUGUCAGUUGAGUUAUGGAAAGCAACUAAUGCUUGCGAUCCAACCAUGCCUUGUCUCGUAGGGUUGAUAGCCCAUGCUACCCACCCCUUAGAAUCUUGUUUAGCUCUGUAUGCCAUUGAAACUUUUGUGCUUGAUGAAUUGUAGGUCCAGUGCAGGUUUGCUUCUAAAACAGGGAGCACUUUGCAAGUGGUGAAAGUUCUAUUAGCUGGGAAAGUGUAGUUUGAGCAGUUUUGAGCUGAAUUAACAAGAAAAAUCGAAGCAAGAAUGAAGAACAGCAGUUUUGAUGUUGAGCUUGACGCCAUGGGAACAAAUAUAUUCCUCUUUUUCCUGUGCCAAAAGUGAAACGAAAGGAUAAAAACACCGCAAAAGACUAUUGCGCGACUGUGGAGCUGUUCAACACCAAGCUGAGAAUGUAGAUUGUUACCUUUUUUUGCAAGUUGAGGAAUAAGAAUGUUGGUAGUUUAUAUUUUAUAAGAAAGGGAAGGUGAGGUUUUGAAGUCUAUUGUAUCAGUGGGCCUCUAGUGAUACGGCGAUCUCAUGGAUGAAGGCUAAGUCAAGUCAAGAAGUGAUUAUUUAAUCCUUAUGAUAACUUUUAUGCAAUGGUUGGUUUGGUUUAUUGAUUUUUAAUUUGUGAACACACUAAACUAUAACUAAAUUUUAAUAAGAUAUGUGUUAUCGGUUUUA